CAAACUAGUCCAGGUCACAAACAUGUCUUCCGUGGAAGGUGCAGAAGUCGGAGUGUUAUACUMUUAAUUUGUGGUUUUAUCACCGAAGACGGUGAUAAUUUGACGUUUUUGUGGAUGAAAUUAUUUUAAAAAGAAGAAAAAAAAAAAGGCAGCGUCGCGUGCAUAUUUUCCUUUUAAGAACGAAGAAACUGGAACACCUCGCUGUAAUCAUGGCUGAAAGAACAGAAAGGAAAASGAAAAAUGAAAGUUUUCACCGGCGCGAAUGUCUCCGAUGCACCAUGCUUUUCUAAAGCCUCCAGAGGCUGAAGACAAGUUGUCGUUCACAGUGCGAGUGACCCCUGCAAGCUGCCACCAUGGCCCUGGUUCAGGCUCUGCCCAUGUCCGCUGAGCCCCACACCCCCAGCCACAGUGGUGGAGCUCGCAGACGACACCCCUCUGGCCCUUCACACCCCGUCAACCCUCCAACCCUGACCUUGGACCCGAUGGGUUCCGUUGGCAGCCUCGUCGCCACUCGCCCCGGCCCCUACCUGGAUCACCGCUCCGGCGUCGAACUGGGGACCAGAGUCCGACAGCCCGGGCCUGGAACUUCUUGCCUGGGCACCGAGUCACCCCAGGACCUACUGCUGCAGAAUGUCCCACCGUUGAAGAAACAGAGCUCCUUUGGGUCCAACAGAGGCCUGGAGAAGGACAGCGGGAACGGGAGCUAUACUUAUAUAAAUGAGGACUACGUUGGUGACUGGAAUGAUAAUCACUUUAUUCCCGUCAGCCCGGAAAGUGAUGUGGAUGAUGCUAAAGAAGGAUUAGGGUUAAAUGGGAAUUUGGGGGGACCUCCUCCAAGAUUGAUCCCAGUGUCAGGAAAACUUGAAAAGAACAUGGAGAAAACGGUCCUGCGGCCCACUGCCUUCAAACCCGUUAUCCCCAAGAGCCGCUCCUCCAUGCAGUAUCUCUCCCCUCGCCACUGUGCCAACGCAUCAGAAAACCAAAACAACCUGAACCUGCUCAGCCCCGCCCACAGAGAGGCGUCGCCGUCCUGCUCUGAGAAACGCAGCUCCUACGGUGGAGGGCGUAACAUCAGCAACGGUAGCAGCCAGUCCUGCUCGCUGUCCGACUCGGGCCGCAACUCCCUCUCCAGCCUGCCGCCUUGCAACAGUGCCGGCUACGGUCUGCCGUCGGACGCCCCCGUGGGUCACCUGGGGCCCAUGAAGGGCGUCCCGCCCGUCGGCGCACAUGGACAGACUAACUCGGACAGCGGGCGCUCGUCCUCCAGCAAGAGCACGGGAUCUGGGUCAAUAAGUGGCCGGGGACAGCCUCUCUCCGACAGCGGGUCUGGUGGGAGGUCUCCUGGUCCCAUGGAGGGUUAUGAAGUGGUGGUGAGAGACCUGGAGGACAAACUGAGGGAGAGAGAGCUGGAGCUGCAGCAGCUCAGAGACAACCUGGAUGAGAAUGAAGCUGCAAUUUGUCAGGUUUAUGAAGAGAAGCAGAAGCGUUUUGAGUUGGAGCUGGAGGAGCUGAGGCAGAGCUGUGCGACGAGGAUGCAGGCAGCUUCUCAGAAGGCCCAGCGUGCUCAGCAGGUGCUUCAGCUGCAGGUUUACCAGCUCCAGCAGGAGAAGAAGAAGCUGCAGGAGGAUUUUGCUCAGCUUCUGAAGGAGAGGGAGCAGCUGGAGGAGCGCUGCACCUCCUACGAACACGAGAAGAUCCAGUUGGGGCCUCGACUGGAGGAGACUAAAUGGGAGGUUUGUCAGAAGUCGGGUGAAAUCUCUCUGCUGAAGCAGCAGAUGAAGGAGGUGCAGAGCGAGUUAGCUCAGCGCGUAGGAGAGAUCGUCUCCCUGCGGGGUCAGCUCAGGGACACCCGCGGCGAGCUGACCAACACCCAGGUCCUGCUGCAGGAGGCCCACGGCACGAACCGAACUCGCACCAUGGAGCUGGAGGUGUGUGAGAACGAGCUCCAGCGCCGGAAGAGCGAAGCAGAACUGCUCAGAGAGAAGGUGGGGCGCCUCGAGGGCGAGCUGGCCACUCUCCGAGACACCGUAGCCAAUCAGGGGGCUGGAAACAGACAGUGCCAGGUGUUCCAGCAAGCCGAGGAGCACCUGCUCGCCUACGAGAGCGACGAGGCCAAGGRCCAGCGGCAGAGCAGCGCAGACGCCCUGCAGAACAUGCAGGUGCAGAUGGACAGGUUGAACUCCGAGCUCGUCUUCGAGCGCAAGAGGGUCGAACAGCAGGAGGGGAGUUUCCAAGAAGAGCGCAAGAUCUGGCAGGAGGAGAAGGACAAAGUCAUCCGCUACCAGAAGCAGCUGCAGGAGAACUACGUGCAGAUGUACCGCAAGAACCGAGAGCUGGAGCAGCUCCUGCAGGAGCUCAGUUUGGAACUGGAGAGCAGAGAGGACGAUGAGGGCAGCGGCAACGAGAUCAACUUUGAUGAAAUCGCCGCGACAGAAAUUUAAUUCUCAGUUUGUAUUUGCACUACAGUCUGCUAAAUGAAAAAAAAAGUCUUGACUUAAUAAGCUAAUGUGUUUAAACGUUGCAUCAAUCACGCUUUAACUGUGACUACAGUCGCGCCUAAAAGCCAUGUCACCUUUAAAUGCCAUCAGUUUUCUGCUCUUUUAAUUAACGUUUGUGUUUGCACUGACGAGACAUCAGAGUCGCUGUGGUUUUUCACACUUUCAGACGUUGGUUUGAGUAACUUCAACCUUUCACCAUCGUCCAGUGAUGGURAUGACUCCACCGUCCCUGCUGGCUUCACAGCGCUACACUCCCACAUCCUCACUGCUACGKUGCGUUUGGACAGAGCUGCUGUCAGCUUACAGUGAACGUGUCAGCGCCACGUUCACGGUGUCCUCCUGAGAGGAAGCACAUCAGAGUUGGGCGUCUGUGUCUGUGCUCAGGGUGACGUGGACAGAACUGCGUUAAUGCUCUCACAACUCUCGUAGACAGCAUCAUGAACAAACCGUAAAGUUCUCUCACUGCACCCCGUUGGGUCCAAAGCUCUUUGCACUGAAAGACAGUGACGUCACACUGUUCGUUGUCACUGUUCGGUACAUAAACUCUUGUUUUAGAUCCCCAUAGGACAGAUAAUGACAUGUUUAAAUCAAACUUUCUGUAAAUAAUCAGUUUAUUCGUCACUCGUUWUCUUCUGAAGGUUUUGUCUUAAAAAAAAGUCAAAUACACACAAAAACAUAACCACUGUGAAUAGACCAAAGCAAUGUCCAACGUGUUUUCUCUCCCUAUAAAUAUAAAACCUGUAUAUUGAAGUUUGUUUUGGUUCCUCAGAUAAAAUUUUAUAACCUGCAUUAUUUGUAUGAAGACAUUAAAUGUAUAUUUUCAUGCUGUACAUUUCUUGAGCCCACUGUGGUUUUAAUUAAAAGACAGUUUAACUUC